AAACUUACAUUUUUACGCGGACCAGAGUUCGGUUGCGUGUACACAUCAACCCAAACGAACCGGACUUUCUGAGCAAACGAGCUAGGAUUCUAGGAGUGGCUAGGAGUGACCGAACCCUUACACGGCACGGUCUAAGAAACGGGUUAUAAAUCAAUUAACUUGACUUAUGACGGGUUAGGGUUAGGGCUGGCGCUUAUGGGGUGCCAUUUCGGCACUUAAGGGGAAAGUUAAGGGGAAAUUAACUGUUUGUCCACUGAUUGUCCGUUUUUUUGUGACACUAAUUGAACCUGUUAGAGAACUUUGAAGAGGACAUGUCUUACAGAGGAGGUGGAGGACGAGGUGGCGGCGGCAGAGGUGGAGGUUUUAACCGAGGCGGAGGAGGCUUUAACCGAGGCGGUGGAGGAUUUGGACGUGGUGGUGGAAGAGGGGGCUUCAGACAGCAAGACUACGGUCCUCCAGAAUAUGUCGUCGCACUGGGGGAGUUCAUGCAUCCAUGUGAAGAUGAAAUUGUGUGCAAAUGUACAACAGAAGAAAGCAAAGUUCCCUACUUCAAUGCCCCUGUGUACUUGGAAAACAAGGAGCAAAUUGGGAAGGUGGACGAGAUAUUUGGCCAGCUCCGGGACUUUUAUUUUUCAGUCAAACUUUCUGACAAUAUGAAGGCGUCGUCAUUCAAGAAACUACAGAAGUUUUACAUAGAUCCAAUGAAGCUGCUCCCACUGCAGAGAUUCCUCCCUAGGCCUCCAGGAGAGAAGGGGCCACCAAGAGGCCGAGGUGGAGGAAGAGGUGGUGGUCGUGGAGGUGGAUUUCGAGGUGGCAGAGGUGGCGGCGGCCGUGGUGGAGGAUUUGGAGGUGGUGGACGUGGAUUCAGAGGUGGGAGAUGAUCUGACAGUAAUGUACUGGUGGAUCUUCUCAUUUCUGUCCACACCUCAUGCAGCAGAAUCACUGGGUUCCAUUCCAGUGAGUCGCCUGUCGGACUCAGAAUACAGACUUUGCCUCUUCUUUGUAGAACUUGACUUCUCAUUUUAUUUUUGUACCAGUUUUGAAGGUGCAAUUUAUGAUUGUGCUUGUUAUUUAAAAGGUGUAACAUAACAGGGACAGUUUCUGCCUGUAAUGAAUGAUUCUAGGCUCUCUUCACAAACAGGAAUGCCAUUAUCCUGUGCUCAUUGUGUUAAAAUGUUUGGCCAUGACAGAUUUUUUGUGUUUAUUGGAAAAAAAAAAUUCAGGGGACACAUUCACACAUUUCUGUGCAUUAAUCCUAUCAGAUGUGUAGGUAUGCAGGCUUUAUUCAAUGUUAGUUUAAAACAUUUUUAAUGCUUAUAAUUUGUAAAAGCACAUUCUUUUGUUAAAUGCCUUGAUUAAAAGGUGUUUUGUAA